AACAAAAACAUUAAAUAUAUAAAAUGUAACAAUUACAAGUGUUAUUUGUUUACGCAAACAUAAAACAUAACGUACAGCCGUGGUCUGCGUGUGGAAGAUUCGAUUCGUUGCAAUAGAGAAGCAGCUGGGACCUCUACUAGAAAGUAAUGGAGCGACCGUACAGGAAUUGAUUAAACAAACGCCUCCACACAUCUCCCCUCAUACAGAGUGUCGUAUCGCGUGGAAAGUGUCGACAGAGAGAGCAUAAAUAAUGCAUAAAAUGGUUAAAUUAUUCCUCAGUUGAAAGUGAAAGUGCGACGCUGUCCCCCACGAGAAAUGUUGCUGCCGGCGAGAGCGGACAAGUUAUGCUAAUUGACAUGGGACUAAGAGGACAGCCAAUCGACGAAAUCAAUGCAGAAAAUCAUAGCAAAUGCCAGCGGAUAAAACUAUAAUCUACUCUUUGACUAAAAUUGAUUUUAAAUGAAUAAAAACAAAACAGAGGCCAACGGAUAAUCACGUAUACAAUAAUCAUCAUUCACUUGAACUAAGAAAAAACGCUGCACAAAAGCGAAGAGAUGUCAGCAAAGAAUCAGGGAUAAAACUACAGUCUUCUAUUUUAUUUGAAUCAAUGCGAAAAUAGGACAAAUCAAUGCAGAAAAGCAUAAAGAAACGUUAAAGAUACAAUCAAAUUACAAAUCCAUGAACAAAAUCAAUACAAAUUGCAGCGGAUAACAGCGGAUAAAACAACAAUCAAAUCUCUUUCACAAAAUACAAAAAGAAAAUCCAAUCCAAGAUGCGCUUGCAACAUCGAUAUAACCCCAAUCCAGCCACAACAACAAAAACACAGACCCUGGGAAAUAACAACAGCAACACAAGCACUAACAUCAACAACAACAAUAGCAUCAUAAACAACAACAAUAACAACAACAACACCACCAACAAUAAGAGAGCCAAGAAAUUGAACAACAACAGCAACGGCAUCAUUAAAUUGCGAACAGCGACAGCCACAAAAGCCGCCAUGCCACCCGCCACACCACCCACCGUGCACCCACCACCACCAGUGGCACUUACAAGGCACCACCAAAUGCUGAUGCUGGAUGAGGGCCCCAACCAGGCGACUGUGGCGAAUGCUGAGCAUGAGGACGAGGAGGAGGAAACCGAAACCGAGGAGACCACAACGACAACUUCGGUGGAGCUGCGAUCUUCGGCCAGCUCCCACUAUCGGGCCUACACCACAAUUCGCAGCAAUUCGACAUCAGCGAUAUUGGCCGGAGCGGGUCUACCGCCAUUUGGGGGCCACUGCUCGCAGACGACACCCGGCAUGCUCUAUGCUCGCCCCCGCACCCUCAAUGUGCACAAUGUGUGCCAGACGCCCGCGCAGAUCACACAAAUGUUUUUUGGAGAAGUUCUGAAUGCAUGGCGUGCCAAGGCCCGAUGCAAUGUGGUGCCCGAUGAGCGUACGCAGGAGCUCUUUCACGAGCUAAGCUUCCAUCCCAGCCAAAAGCAAAUUAGUGAAAUGCUGCAAACGGCCAAGAAAGUGGCCCGCAAGGGUGGCAGUGGACAGCCAAAUGGUCUGACAUUUGGACAAUUUUGUGUAUUGGCCGCAGAUCUGAAGCGUUUUCGUGCUUCAACGAUUUCGAAUCAGACAUCAAACUACUGCGAAUAUCAGCAACUGUCCGCGGGCACAGACUCUCUGCUGCAGCAACAGGAGGAUAAUGCCUACAGCCAUAGCAAUGUCAAGAAGCUGGACAACCAUGGCACCGAGCUGCGUAGCACAAAAUCCUUUAGUAGUGUCGAUGAUACCAAAAAGAAAAAGAACGCCAGCAAUGAGCCCGUGGAGGUGUUCCUUGGGGGUUCCUGCAAUCCCACAACCUGGCGCGCAGACGUUGCCAUACCAGCGCUGAAGGAGCUGGGCAUUUCAUUCUAUAAUCCUCAAGUAUCCGAUUGGACGCCCGAUCUCAUCGAGCUGGAGCAUCGUGCUAAGGAAAAGGCCCGUGUAUUAUUCUUUGUUAUGGAUUCGGAAACACGCGCAUCUGCUGGUGCCAUCGAGGCGGCACACAUAGCGGGUCAAAACUGCAAGCAGCUGGUGUUGGUUUUGCAUCCGUAUAAACCAAAUCAGAAGAUACUAAAUGAGCCUAUUUCGCAGCAAGAAUACCUCGAUCUGACACGCAAUCAGAUGAUACUUAAGGAGCUGGUCUCCCGUCGCGGUCUGCCAGUACUGGAGAACAUACCCUCGGGCUUGCAGCGUACCAAGGAAAUACUGUCGGGCAUCAGGGAUCCACCGUCCAAGAUAUCUUCCAUUUUAGAUACCGUGCGAGGCGCCUUUGAUCGUGUGAAUCCUCAAAGCGAUCUACUCACUGUGGAACAGUGUAAACGUGCUCUCUUAUUCUUAGGCUAUGCUCAGAGUUUAGUUAAUUUAGAUAAUCUAACAAAGAUCAUAAUUAAUCAGCGAGAAUCGUUGAAAUUCCUGCAAACGCACAGCUCAAAGGUCGAGGCAAAUGAAGAUGCGGAAGUGCUGCCGACUAUGGCCAACCAGGAGCUCAUCGAUUUUGAUCUUUUCUGUGUGAUCUCGGCCUACCUGUCCGUCCUGCAGCAGGAGAUACACGAGAGCGGCUGCAUCUCGCCCAUUAAGGGCACCAAUGUGCCACCGCCUCAGGUUUAUUUUACCAAUGCACCCGAUGUGGACAUUUAUUAUUCGGCCAGCAAGAACAUUUCGCGCACCUCGAGCAACGCCAGUGUACCGUCCAACAGCAGCAGCGGCAUUGGCCACGAUCUGGAGCGCCAGAGCCUGUUCGAGCAGCUGAGUCGCAGCCGGGACAGUGGCACAUCUUCGCCGCAGCCAGCCGCCGCGAGCAGUUUAGGUAAAAGCACCAAGCCACAGAUCUUGCUGAACGUCGAGUCCAUUGAAACAACCGAAAUAAUCACCACCAAAACGAUAGAAACCAAGCCAGGAGGCGGCACGCUCCCAGCGUCUGUGGUGUUGGCCAACGAGGAGGAGGAGAGUGACUCCAACGAUUCGGUCUUCUCGAGCAGCAGCUCCAUUGCCAGUGCCGGUGAUGCCCUCUGCUGUGGCGGACUCGAUCUGCGCGAUGUCUAUCUGGGCGGCAGCUGUGUGAUGCGCACCAAAUGGCGUCAAGAACUGGCCGUACCCUACCUGCAGUCGAAGAAUAUCAGCUUCCACAGCCCGGCUCUGCACGAGAGCAUACAGGUGCUGCCGCAACAGCAGCCUGGACAGCAGCAGCCGCAGCCUGGACAGCACGAGCAACAGCAGCAGCAGCGCUCGUUUGUUCGCACGCGACGAAAGUGCCGCGGCAAUCAGCUGCAGCUGGAGGAGCAGGAGGAGCUGACGGUAGCCGAGGAGUCGCUCAGCUGGUCACUGCCGCCGGUGGCUGUGCGCCAGAGCCUGUAUAAUCCCGCGCUGCUCGACUCCAGCCGAGUGCUGCUCUUUGUGAUCACCAAUGAGACGCGUUCCCUCGCACCCAUGACACUGGCCGCCCACUGCAUUGGCCUAAUGUACAAUGUGGUGCUGGCGGUACAAAUGCUGCCCGAGGAUUGUGUGCUCGGUGGCGAAAAGCUUACUGUGGCCGCCAUCAAGGACUACAAUCGCGGACGUUCGUACCUCAUCGAUUUGGCCAAGCGGCAGGGUGUGCCCGUGUUCAAUGAUAUACGGGCGGCACUCGACUGCACCGUGGCCAAGGUGCAGGCGUACAACAAUCGCGAUCGUUGCUAAAUUUCGUACCUGUAUUCAAGUUCCAGCACGUGACAAUUUUUAAGCUUACAUCUAAAUGUAUAACUAUAUCUAAAUCUAUAACUAAAUCCUCCUAAAAUCCUAGUGCAAUUUAACAUAUUGUUUUUCUUAGCCCCUUGCCUCCCUGUCCUACCACUAAUCUGAAUGGUUUAUAAUCGUAUUUCCCCCCCAUUCUUCUCUUUAUAGUUAAUUCUACGCGUAAUACGUAAUAAUAAUAAUUUAAUAUAAUUUUUACAAGUGUAAAAACAUCUAAAAUGUCGUCGCCCAGAGAGCGCAUUUCAUAACCCUGUGGAGGCGGCUUUUUCGGUCUCUAUCGGCCUCACCCCCACACCAAUCCAUAUAUGAUAAUUUAUUAUAAUUUAUUUAACGAGUAAUCCAUGUAGUACAUGUACUAAACUUUAACUGUAAAUAUUCACACACAAACAUGUACAAUUCUAGUGCAUAAACAAUGCAAG